AUGCUUAACUCGCUACAUUCUUCUCAUCCACAUUUCUCACAUUCUUUUUUACGUCUUUCUACUUCUCUUUUUACUCUCUCCUCUUGUCUUUAUAGUCUCUUUUCUUUUAUUUGUCGUCUCUCUACUUCUCUUCCCUGCUUCUACUGCACUCUUACUCUGUUCUUUCUCCUCUCCCCUCCGUUAUUCUCUCCUCUCAUAUUCCCAUCUCUCCUCUUCUCGUCUCGCUCCUACCAGUUUUACUCUUUUCAGUUCCUCCUCUUUUCUCCCUUAUUGCUCUCCUUCCCUUCAUCGCCUUUCUCUUUUCUUCUGGGCUUCUUCUCUUUCCUUUCCAGUUUCCCCUCUUUCCUACCUUGUCUCUCCUCUUAUAUUACCGUUCUUCCUUUUCUAAUGCUCAUCUCACUCCUCUCACUCCAUUUCUCUCCUUUCCUCCCUCGUCUAUCUCCUUCUCUUCGUCGCCUUUUCUCUUUUCCUUUUAAUCUCUUCUCUUUCUAUUUUUUCCUUCUCCUCUUGUUUUUCCGUUCCUUUCACUUUUCUUCUUUCGUUUUUUCUUAUUUCCCAAUAUUUUCAUAUUCUUUUUCCUUCCUUUUUCUUUCCUUACACUUUUACCAAACGUUUUUUCUUUCUCUUUCAUUCUAUCUCUCCUCCUUUUUUCAUCCAUUCACCUUUUUUACAUUUUUCUUCCUCUCUCAUUCUUUUUCCUUCUUUUUCUUUUCCUUACACUUUUUACAACUCUUUUUUUCUUCUUUCUCUUUUCAUUCUAUCUCUCCUCCUUUCUCACUUUCUUUUUCCUUCCUUUUCACCUUUUUUAUCUCUCAUUCUUUUUCCUUCCUUUUUUUUCCUUACACUUUUUUACCACUUUUUUUUUUUUCUUUCUUUUUCAUUCUAUCUCUCUCCUCCUUUCUCACUCUCUUUUUCCUUCCUUUCUUCUUUUCUUCCUCUCAUUCUUUUUCCUUUUUUUCUUUCUUUUUUUACCACUCUUUCUUUUCUUCUUUCUCUUUCAUUCUAUCUCUCCUCCUUUCUCACUCUCUUUUUCCUUCCUUUCACCUUUUACCUCUCUUUCUUCCUCUCUCAUUCUUUUUCCUUCCUUUUUCUUUCCUUACACUUUUUACCACUCUUUCUUUUCUUCUUUCUCUUUCAUUCUAUCUCUCCUCCUUUCUCACUCUCUUUUUCCUUCCUUUCUUUUACUUCUUCAUCUCUUUUUUUCCUUCCUUUUUUUUUUUUUCUUACACUUUUACCCUUUUUUCUUUUUCUUCUUUCUCUUUCAUUCUAUUUAUCCUCCUUUUUCACUCUCUUUUUCCUUCCUUUCACCUUUUACCUCUCUUUCUUCCCUUCUCAUUCUUUUCCUUCCUUUUCUUUCCUUACUUUUUACCACUUUUUCUUCUUUCUUUUCCUAUCUCUCCUUUUCUCUCUCCUUUUACCUUUUUUUCCUCUCAUUCUUUUUCCUUCCUUUUUUCUUUUCCUUACACUUUUUUACCACUCUUUCUUUUCUUCUUUUCUUUCAUUCUAUUUAUCCUUUUUCCUUUUUUCCUUCCUUUUUUUACCUCUUUUCUUCCUUCCAUUCUUUUUCCUUUUUUUUCUUUCCUUACACUUUUUACCAACUUUCUUUUCCUUUCUUUUCAUUCUAUUUAUCCUCCUUUUUCACUCUCUUUUCCUUUCAACUCUUUUUCCUCUCUCAUUCUUUUUCCUUCCUUUUCUUUUUCCUUACACUUUUUUACCUCUUUUCCUUUCAUUCUAUCUCUCCUUUCAUUUUUUUCCUUCCUUUUUUUUCUCUUUCCUUUUUCUUUUCUUUCCUUUUUCCCUUACACUUUUUGCCACUCUUUCUUUUCUUCUUUCUUUCAUUCUAUUUAUCCUUUUUUCAUUCCUUCCUUUUCAUUUUUGCCUCUUUCUUCUUUCUCUCAUUCUUUUCCUUCCUUUUUCUUUCCUUACCCACUUUUAUUCUAUCUCUCCUUUCUCCUCUCUUUUUCCUUCCUUUCACAUUUUUCCUCUCUCAUUCUCUUCCUUUUUCCUUCCUUUACUUUUUACCACUUUUUCUUUUCUUCUUCUUUCUUUCAUUCUCUCUUUUUUUUUCACCUUUUUCCUUCCUUUCACCUUUUACCUCUCUUUCUUCCUCUCUCAUUCUUUUUCCUUCCUUUUUCCUUCCUUUCACCUUUUACCUCUCUUUCUUCCCUUCUUUCUCCCCCAUUCUUUUUUCUCACUUUUUCCUUCCUUUUAUUUUUUACCUUCCUUUCUUCCUCUCACAUUCUUUUUCCUUUCUUUUUCUUUCCUUCCACUUUUUACCGCUCUUUGUUUUCCUCUUUUUUUCAUUCUAUCUCCCAUCCUUUUCCCAACUCUUUUUACUUCCUUCCACUUUUAACCUCUCUUUUUCCUCUCAUUCUCUCUCAUUCUUUUUUUCCUUUCUUUUUCCUUUCUUCCAUUUUUGCCACUCUUUCUUUUCCUCUUUCUCUUUUAUUCUAUAUCUCUUUGUCUUUUUCUCUCUCUUUUUCUUUCCUUCCACUUUUUACCUCUGUUUCUUCCUCUCUUUCUCUCUCAUUCUUUUUCUCUCUCUUUUUCCUUCCUUUCACUUUUUACCACUCUUUCUUCUCUACCUCUUCUCUUUCAUUCUACCUCUCCUUCUUUCGCCCCACUCUCUUUUUCCUUCCUUCCACUGUUAACCUCACUUUCUCUCUCCUCGUUUUUCCCUCUCUUUUUCCUUCCACAUUUAAACUCUCUUUUUUUCGCUCUUAUUCUUUCUUUAAAAUUCGUGUUUUCGUUCGACCGACUUUUCUUCUAAAUUACUUUUACUUCUCUCUUUCUCUCUCGGUCCACUUCUUUCUUUUUACCCUCCCUUUUUCUUUCCUUCCACUUUUUACCUCUCUUUCUUCUCUUCUUUCUUUUUACCCUCUCUUUUUCUUUCCUCCCACUUUUUACCUCUCUUUUUUCUCUUCUUUCUCUCUCUUUCUUUUUACCCUCUCUUUUUCCUUCCUUCCACUUUUUACCUCUCUUUUUUCUCUUCUUUCUCUCUCUUUCUUUUUACCCUCUCUUUUUCCUUCCUUCCACUUUUUACCUCUCUUUCUUCUUCUCUUUCUCUCUCAUUCUUUUUUCCUCUGUUUCCUUCCUCUCACUUUUUACCUCUCUUUCUCUCUCAUUCAUUUUCCUUCCUUUUUCCUUCCUUCCACUUUUAACCUUUUUUCGCUCUUUUCUAUACUUUUGCCACGCUCUCUUUUUCUCUCUUUGUGGUUCCCUUCGCAUCGCAUUAAUUCUUCUUCUUCCUUCCUUUCUGUCUUUUCUCAUUUAUUUCUCUCUCUAUUCGUCUAG